AUGUUCUGCCAAAGCCGGCCGAUUAUUGUGCGACUUGUGUACACUGUACAUAACUUUAUAAUAAAGAUCAUUGCGGAUCUUUCUAUUUAGUUAUUGUUUAAUUAUAAAAACUUAAAUAAGUACAAGAUUUUACAUAAAACUUUUGUAUUUAAAAAUGAUCGUAUCCAUGCCGCUACUAAAAUUUAAAGAUAAAAUAACUAUAUUUUUUGUUGUUAUACUUGUUCUUGGAAGUAUUUAUUUUUAUUUAAACCAUUUACAACAAAGUUACGAUAGUGUUCAAUGGUCUGGCGAACGAUGUUUGUCUGAGCUGACAUCAAUUAAAUAUCAAUUAAACGUUGUAACAGAGUAUAAAAACCGCAUUGAUAAGUUGCUGACGGAGACACAAAAAGCUCAUGACAUGGAAAAGGAAAGAUUCAAAGAUAUUAUGGACAGCUGUGUGGCUAUGAAACAACAGAGCACAAUAUGUCAGAGUCAAUUUGAAGAUCUACAAAUUGAAUGCAAAAAAGUCAGAGAAGAUUACAACAAAGCAAUCAAGGAGUUAGAAAAACUCAAAUCGGCAGGCUAGAGGAGUUAGCUGAAUCCGCCUUAAUUGAGCCAAAUUUUAAGUUAUAAUUAUAGUAUCAACAACUUUGAAAUUAUUGGUAUAUUUCUUCCAUUUAUAUUAAUAUAUAAAUAUUUAAUUGUGGAUCGAUUAAUUUGGUCAUUUUGAAUAACAUACCAUACAUUAUGAAUAUGAAUAACAUACCAUACAUAUUACAUUGCUCAUUAAAGAUAUACAUAUGCUCUAAAAUAGCACACUAAAAGGAGUCCUAUUGAGCAUGCUCUAAAAUAUUCAAAAAUCGAACGCCUGUCGAUUCGCAAGCAUGCCUAAAAUGAGUAUGUUAAUUUUGAGCGACAUUCUUACACAUGCUACUAAGUGCUCAAUUGAAGCAUGCUUUUGUGCUUGAAAUUAUCAUUUCUAGCAGUAUCUUAAUGUUAAAGAUGCUUUUAACCAAAUGAUUUUAUAAUGUGUAAUGAUCUAUAACUGUGUUGUUUUUGUAAAUGCUCUAGUAGCUAAUUGUGUAUCAACAAACAUUAGGUCUUCUUGACAUUUGACGUAUUCGUUUUUAGGUAACUUUAGGAUCGAGUUUCUGCAUAAAUUUUAAGGAUGAUGUUAUAAAGGAAUGUCUAAAAAAAAGUUUGUAAAUUGAAUUCCUUAUGGAGGCAUGUGUCGAUAGAACAUUAUCAUCUGUAUAUUUAUUGCAUUGUCAGCAUGGGUAGGAGUAAGAGGAUAGUUUAAUACAAAUUGUAUAUUAUACUGUCCCAAGUGACUUGUAGAACUGAUUGUCAUUGUUAGUUAUCACAAUAUUUUUAAGCACAUAUUAAGUUGGUAGUAAAUGUAAGUAUCUAUGUAUUUCUUUUUACAAUUGAAAGUACAGAUAGAUGUAUUUUAUUGGUAAGCAUAAUUAUUUAAUAUACCGCACAUAUUUGUAAAAGUUUAAAAUAUAACAUUAUGUAAUGAAAUUGUAGUACAUGAUUGUUUUAUGUACAUAAUAUGUACACGUUUUUAGUUAAACCGGGGUAAAGGAGACACCCUAAAAUAGCAGCAAAUUUUUAAACACACAUACUGGAUAUCUGAACAGGAAGCAGGUUUGAACAGCUUCCAGUUUGCCACAAAAUGAAGAUAUUACUAUAUUUUGUGUUGCUGUUACCAAAAUUGAAACACCGCUAUUUUUAAAUUUAAUAUUAUAAGAUAGAGACAACUGAAAAAUGUUUAAGCUUUGAUUUUUGUGUAAUUUGUUGACUUAUUCUAAACAUUAAAAAAAUGUUCAGGGGUGACUUUUUUCCUCUAUAUGUUAAUCAUGGUUGUUUUAUACGUCGUAGUUUAACUAUGUAAAAUAAUAUAUUUUAAGUGUUCUUUGUAAGACCAAAGAUCUAGAUUUUUGUGUGAAAUAUGAGGAACAACCUUCAUAUUGGCUGAAUGUUUUAAAAUUUUAUUUUUAUAUUAUUUUUAUGUGCUUCCACAUUCCAAAAACGAUUAACAGUAUUUCAUUGAAUAUAUUCCUGAUAAUAUUUAAUCGUAAAAACCUCAACAGUAUACAAACUAGUCAAAUUCAGAAUAUAGAUUGUUAAAUUCAUAUUUUCUUCAUAAAUUUUCUUUUAUAAU